AUGGUGGCAGCAACUGGCCCUGACCCCCUCCGCCGGCCCCGGGGGGGCCGCGCCCCCGGCCCCAUGGCGGCCAAGUGGUUCAAGGAGUUCCCCGCCAACCUGAAGACGGUGUCGGAGAGGGCUCGGCCCGGCGGCGGCAGCCUGGGCAAGUUGUGCGGCCCCUCCCGCAAAAGCUUGGGGCCCGGCGAGCCGCCCGGGGGGGCCCCCCCGGGGAAGAGCCGCAAGAACUCGGCGGCGGAGCUGGGGGGCUGCCGGGCCGGCCCCGGGGCCGCCAAGGACGGGGGCAGCCGGCUGUCGAGGGACAACCUGCAGGGACUGCUCCAAGCCGCCACCGGGAAGAUGCGCAAGAACUCGCGGGCGGAGGGGGCAGCGCCCGAGGGGCCCCCCAAGACCUGCGGCACCUACAUCAACCGCCUGAUCAAGGUGGAAGCCCACGAGAAGAACGGGAAGAGCUACCCCAGCGCCGGCCCCGUGCCCGAGCAGGACAAGGGGAAGAGCGCCAAGACGGAGACGGUCAUCAUCCUGGAGGACUACGCUGACCCCUAUGACGCCAAGCGCACCAAGGGGCAGCGGGAGGCCGAGCGGCUGGGGGAGAACGACGGCUACAUGGAGCCCUACGACGCGCAGCAGAUGAUCACAGAAAUCCGUCGCCGGGGCUCCAAGGACCCACUGGUCAAAGCCAUCCUGCUGCUGGACGGCCCCAGCGAGCCCGGGGAGGUGGGGGGCAAGGUGGAGGCUGCCAAGCGGCCGGGGGGCAAGGAGGCAGCGGGGAAGGGGCCGCAGCUCUACGACACCCCCUACGAGCCCGGCGAGGGCACCCCGGAGCACAAGGCGAGGGCCGGGGACGGGCGCCUGCCUGAGAACGACGAGCGCCCGGCGGCCGAGUACGAGCAGCCCUGGGAGUGGAAGAAGGAGCAGAUCGUGAAGGCGCUGUCGGUCCAGUUCGAGGGCUCGGAGAGGCCCAAGGAGGAGGCGCCGCGGCAGCACCUCCGCCAGAAGAGCUGGACCCCCAAGAUGCUGAAGCCGGCGAGCGCGGAGCACGGCGAGGGCGAGCGGGUGGACCCCGCCUUGUCGCUGGAGAAGCAGCCGUGGUACCACGGGGCCAUCACCCGAGCCGAGGCUGAGACCCGGCUGCAGGCGUGCAAGGAGGCCGGGUACCUGGUGCGCACCAGCGAGACCGGCAGCGGCAAGUACUCCAUUGCGCUCAAGACCAGCCAGGGCUGCGUGCACAUCAUCGUGGCGCAGACCAAGGACAACAAGUACACGCUCAGCCAGGCCAGCGGCGCCUUCGCCAGCAUCCCCGAGGUCGUGCACUACUACUCCACCGAGAAGCUGCCCUUCAAGGGGGCCGAGCACAUGGCCCUGCUGCACCCCGUGCACUGCAAGCUGCACUAG